AGGAAGAGUGGGAAGAAAGACAGAAAGACUGGAUAGAGCGAUUUCCUGGAAGGAGGAGAAAGGGGGGGGACAAGACAUUUCGCAACAUCCGGAUGGGAAGCUACAAUCCAUCACCGGAGCACGGCCUGGUUCUUCAUUUUAUCACACGUCAAGCUUUGCAGGAACGAAGGAAGGAAGAGGACACGGCGGAGGAGAGAGCACAGAGGUAGAGGGAGGAGGGAGGGAAGGAUGCUGUGAUGCGCUUCUUCAGGGAGGGAUGGAGGGAGAGGGGGGGCAUCUGAAGAGGGUUGUUUUGUCCGAAACGGAUGUUGGCUCUUUGCUCGUCUCCUGAUCACCACGGCGAUGCGCGCUGCAGAUCAAACCCGUGGUCCUCGUUCUGCUUAAACCGGGACACCAUGCAAUAGAGUCGCGUUUCUGCAUAGGACGCGCACGCGCUUGCGUGCGUGCGUGUGUGUGUCUGUGAGCGCGCGUGUGCGUGCGUGCGUGUGUGUGUGUGUGUGUAUAUAUAUAUAUAUAUAUGUGUGUGUGUGUAUGUGUGUGUGUGUGCAUUUGAAAAAGCAGAACACGCGGCAUCCCUUACCUGUGAUCACAGGCCUUUUGCGCAUUGAGGAUCCGGUUUAUGUUUCCAUACCCGCCUCGUUUCUACGCGGUUGAUCCGAGCAGGUGAUGACUUUCAGAAAGGACGGUGGUGGUGCGAUCGAGUGGAGGAGAACCGAUGCAUACAUGGUGGAGCAACCCUGGAAUCCACCGAUGUCAACUCCUGGACCGGAUGCACCGUGCGUUAAGAAUAUGUCGUGAGCGUCAAAUGUCAUUGUGAUUCACGAUUGUUAUUUAAAGAAAAGGGAAGAAAAAAACCUGAGUCUGAUUGGAAUAAACAGCACAGAGAUGGGACGUUCAGCAACAUCCUUGUGUACAGGCCUGGCCACAUGCUGAUGAUUCAAAAACAACUCCUGUGAGAACCUGCAUUGCUUUGUCCCUUAUUGUAGAACACAGCAGGGAUGUUCUGAGGAGAUAAGGACAGAAGGCUCCAAAGUACAAAGCUGUCAUUAAAGCAUCUCUCCGCCAUGUCAAAAGACCCGACUUGCAGCCAGACGGCUCAAUACGUGGGGCCAUACAGGCUAGAGAAAACCCUCGGGAAAGGACAGACAGGGCUGGUGAAACUCGGGGUGCACUGCAUCACGGGCCAGAAAGUGGCCAUCAAAAUUGUGAACCGGGAAAAGCUCUCGGAGUCGGUGCUCAUGAAGGUGGAGAGAGAGAUUGCAAUCCUAAAACUAAUCGAGCACCCGCAUGUCCUGAAACUCCACGACGUCUACGAGAAUAACAAGUAUCUGUAUCUGGUGUUGGAGCACGUGUCGGGUGGCGAGCUUUUCGACUAUUUAGUGAAAAAAGGAAGACUGACGCCCAAAGAAGCCAGGAAGUUCUUCAGGCAGAUCAUCUCAGCUCUGGAUUUCUGUCACAAUCACUCGAUCUGUCACCGAGAUCUAAAGCCAGAGAAUCUCCUGCUGGAUGAAAAAAAUAAUAUCAGAAUCGCUGACUUCGGCAUGGCCUCCCUACAGGUGGGGGAGAGUCUGCUAGAGACAAGCUGUGGAUCUCCACAUUACGCUUGUCCUGAAGUAAUCAGAGGUGAGAAGUACGAUGGUCGGCGAGCGGACGUAUGGAGCUGUGGUGUAAUUCUGUUUGCUCUACUUGUGGGUGCGCUCCCGUUCGACCACGACAACCUGCGCCAGCUGCUGGAGAAGGUGAAGAGUGGAAUAUUCCACAUGCCCCACUUCAUCCCACCUGACUGCCAGUCUCUUCUCCGUGGCAUGAUCGAGGUGGAUUCGGAAAAGAGGCUCACGCUAGAGCAGAUCCAGAAGCACGCCUGGUAUAUGUCAGGCCGUAACGAGCCAUGUCCGGAGCAGCCGCCGCCAAGGCGUGUGUGCGUAAAGCGGAUUCUCUCUCUGACCGAGCUGGAUCCGGACGUACUGGAGAGCAUGCACUCUCUGGGCUGCUUCCGAGAUCGAGUCAAACUGACCAGAGACCUGCAGUGUGAAGAGGACAACCAGGAAAAGAUGAUCUAUUAUCUCUUGCUGGACCGUAAGGAGCGAUAUCCCAGCUACGAGGAUGAAGACCUGCCGCCUAGAAACGAUGUAGAUCCUCCACGGAAGCGUGUGGACUCGCCCAUGCUGACCCGUCAUGGCCGCUGCCGGCCAGAGAGGAAGAGUCUGGAGGUGCUAAGUGUGACAGAGCAAGGCUCCCCUACACCCCCUCGCAGGGCACUGGACACCUCUGCACACAGCCAGAGAUCACGAUCAGUAAGUGGAGCAUCUACUGGUCUAUCUUCUAGUCCUUUAAGCAGCCCCAGGAGCCCGGUGUUCACGUUCAGCCAGUCGGAAGUCGCCACCGCCACCAAACCCCGCGCUGCGAGUACUCGCGAGUCUAAAACUCAGACUCUGCCGUCUAAAACACCCCCUGAGCGACCCCGCCUUCACUCCAUGAAAUCCCUCCCGCUUCGCUCCUCUUCCUCACGCUCGCCCUCCCCUUCGCCGCUCCUCUCCCCGCUCCCUCGCUUCCUCUUUUCCCCUGCCCCAUCACCUGCGCUGAAAUCGGUCACUAAAUGCUCCUAUCCGAUGUCCCAGGUGACCCCUCAGGGCUCGCCCCUGCCCACGCCGCUGGGUACCCCCGUCCAUCACCCCCACCCUCCCCCUUCCUCCUGCUCUUCUUCCCGUGCUGAAGGAGGAGGUGUUGGCUCGCUCUCGCUGACCCCGCCCACUAGCCCAGGAGGAGGCGGAGCUGGCAUGGCUGCCAGCAGCUCCGCCCACUGGAGGACCAGAUUUAAUUCGUUCAAGAACAACCUGCUCGGCUCGCCUCGCUUUCACCGCCGCAAGCUGCAGGUGCCCACUUCUGAGGACAUGUCAAGCCUCACACCGGAGUCCAGUCCUGAGCUGGCGAAGCGCUCCUGGUUUGGCAACUUCAUCAGCUUAGAGAAGGAGGAGCAGAUCUUCGUGGUGAUCCGAGACAAACCGCUGAGCUCGAUCAAGGCGGAUAUCGUGCACGCCUUUCUCUCUAUUCCAUCCCUCAGCCACAGCGUGGUUUCACAGACGAGUUUCCGGGCAGAGUAUAAAUCUUCCGGAGGUCCUUCGGUAUUCCAGAAGCCUGUCAAGUUUCAGGUGGAUAUUGCCUUCUCAGAGGGAGAGAGGGAAAGGGAACGGGAUAGAGAGAGAGAAAGAGAAGGAAAGAGGAAUUAUGGAAUAUACAGUGUCACUUUUACCCUCAUAUCAGGCCCAAGUCGCAAAUUUAAAAGAGUGGUGGAGACGAUUCAAGCCCAGCUGCUUAGCACACAUGACCAGCCCUCGGUACAGGCUCUCGUGGCAACACGACCCGUUUUCGCUCUCGCAGAUGAGAAGAACGGCCGUCCUCACGGAACACCCACCAGACAGAACUCGCGGCGCUCAGAGGGAGGAGCCGACCGCUGUGAAUGGGUUGAGCGAGGCGAGAGUGGAGCCUUACUCCAGAGAAGAGGUUCAGCCAAAGAGAGGACCCGUCUGCUGUCAUCAAAUGGGACCCAAUCGCAGCCUUGAACAGAAGAGUAUACCGGUCAUCGUUCACCAACACUCAUUAAAAAAAAAAAAAAAAUUAUAUAUAUACAACCCUCAUUCGCUUUCCUGCUACACUACAGCAUGAUGGUAAAGUCUUGUGAAGUUUUUUAGGGAGGUGCUUCUUAAUCAAAAUACAGAGAAAAUAAUCAGUUCCAAUUCAUUGGGAAAAAAAAUCUGAGUUUCCUCUUCGAACCUAUCGUUUGGGUAAUAUUAAUAAUAGCAUUAUAAUGUUUUAAAUGUGCUAUUGAUGGGAAUUACGACUCACUUAAGUGAUUCACUUGCUGUAAUUUAGUUUAAAAGUGCAAGCUUCUUAAACAAUAUGUGGGUCACGUAUUGUUCAGAGUUUCUGGUAAUCCAUUGUUGGGUGUUAGAGUUAUAGAAGUAAGAACGCACUGCAGUUAUAUGAAAAAUGAUUCACGGUGUGGAAUUUCUUAUGGAACUGCACAGUCUGGGGUGUGUUAUUCUGCUUAUAUGACCACCGCCUCCAAUAAUUACAAGGAUUACGUAGUAAAAAAUUACUUGUUGCACAUAUUAAUGGUUUUAAUUUUAUUUUAUUGUCACGGAACUUUCACAUGGUCGCUUGUUCCUUUAUCAGUUUAACUGUCAUUCUGUCAAAACGUGCAGUUUGCCAUUAAGGCUCUGGGUUAUUGCUCAGAAGGUCGGUUGUUCAAGCCCCAGUAUCGCCAAGCUGCUACUCUUAGGCCCUUGAGCAACGCCCUUAACUCUCUGUGCUCCAGGGGCACGGUAUCAUCUCUG